ACCCCGCGUCGCCUGUAGAUCCUAGUGCUCCAGUGAAUCCGAGUGCUCCAGUUGGCCCCAAAGCACCAGUAGACCAGGCGUCGCCUCUGCCAGUCGGUCCAAAUGGAACUGUUCACCCUAAGCCACCAAUUGAUUCAAAUGCGCCAGUGAAUGGCAUUGUUGGGGCGCCUACACCCGCUAUAAGCUCGAGUAGGCCAGUUGUUCCAGACACACCAGUCAAUCCCAAUUCACAAGCGCAUGCCAACAGGCCAUUUAAUCCCAAUGCUUCAGUCGGCCCCAGCGCUCCAUUUAAUCCCAAUGCCCCAGUUUCUUCGAACGCACCAGUCCAUUCACAUGUAAAAAAUAUUCCAAUGCUUCCGAGGUUACCUGAACAUGCUGACCGUUCCGUUUGGUCACAUUUUGCCGCUCAUAAUUAUGCUGAUAACUCCAGUGGUAGAAGAGAUGAAAGUUGGUGGCGACGUGUUUUCGCUAAUUUACCAGGCCAUGCCAAUCUACCAAAAGGAGGAAACGAAAGACAUAAUGGAUGGCAGCUCUUGCCCAACCGCCAAGUGCAACCUGUUCGGCCUGGUUGGCCUGUGUGGCCUGCCAAAUCUCACCCGCCAAACCAGGAGUCAGGAGAUAGCCAGUCCACUGAAUUAGGCUCUGACAAAAAUUUGUCGAAAGCAGGCGAAUCCAUGGAAGAAAAGCCCAAGUCCAAUAGUAGAGGAAUAAAAUCAAAGGACAACAAAGUUCCUAAGGAACAAAAAGAGGAGAGUUCGGGCGAAAACAAAUCAAUAAGUACCAAAAUAGAAUCAGAGGACAGCAAGGAUUCAAAGGAAAAAAAUGAGCAGACUUCGACGGAAAAGAAAUCGGAGAAGGGCAAAAAAGAUUUAGAGGAGAGUAAAGAUUCUGAAGAUGUAAAGGAAAAGUCCGAUAGCAACCAAGAUGAGGAAAACGACGAUAGCAACUCCAAAGAGCAAAAGGAACUAAUUAAAAAAGUCUUGAAGAAGCUUAAGGACAACAAAUGUGACGAAGAUGACAUUUACCCAGAUCCCAGAGAUUGUAACAAGUUCUAUCUAUGUGUCGAAAAGUCGGAUAAGACUAAGCUCACGCAUCUACGGUGCGAUAGUGAGGAACGGUUUGACUCCGAAAAGCUGAAAUGUGUAAAUAAGCAUAAGGCAAAGUGCUUGACUAAGCAAGAAUUUAUCGAAGAGUUUGCGUGA